UUUUCAAGGAUGGAGUACAUUCAGUCUGCCUCCACAAGCACUCAGGGAAAUAUCCUGUGCUGCACUUGUGGCAUCCCAAUUCCUCCCAACCCGGCCAACAUGUGCGUGGCUUGUCUGCGCACUCAGGUAGACAUCUCAGAGGGAAUUCCCAAACAAGUCACUGUGCAUUUCUGCAAGCAAUGUGAACGGUACUUGCAGCCUCCAGCCACAUGGGUGCAGUGUGCUCUGGAGUCCAGGGAGCUGCUUGCGCUUUGUCUGAAAAAACUCAAAUGCUCUAUGACUAAAGUGCGCCUUAUUGACGCUGGCUUCCUGUGGACAGAGCCUCACUCCAAAAGGAUUAAGAUAAAGCUCACCAUACAGAAGGAGGUGAUGAACGGUGCCAUCUUACAGCAGGUGUUUGUGGUGGAAUUUGUCAUCCAGCCUCAAAUGUGCGAUGACUGCCACCGCGUGGAGGCCAAGGACUUCUGGAAGGCUGUGGUACAAGUCAGGCAGAAGACUGCUCACAAAAAGACAUUCUACUAUCUGGAGCAGCUAAUCCUCAAACACAAGCUCCACCAGAAUACCGUCAACAUCAAAGAAAUUCAUGAGGGCAUCGAUUUCUACUACGGCUCCAAGCAGCACGCUCAAAAGAUGGUUGACUUCCUCCAGUGCACUGUGCCUUGCAGGUCAAAGUUGUCCCAGCGGCUCAUCUCUCAUGACAUCCACUCAAACACGUACAACUACAAGACAACAUACUCUAUGGAAAUUGUACCUGUUUGCAAGGAUAACGUUGUGUGCCUGUCACCACGGCUGGCGCAGAGCCUAGGAAACAUGGGUCAAGUUUGCGUGUGCGUCCGUGUCACCAGCACAAUCCACCUCAUCGAUCCAAAUACCCUCCAGAUUGCCGAGGUUGACGGGAGCACAUACUGGCGCCAUCCCUUCAGCAGCCUAUGUAACCCACGGCAACUGGAGGAGUUUAUCGUUAUGGAUAUUGACAUCAUCAGAGACCAGAAGCUGUCUGCUGGAGCUUGUAUGAGGUCCAAUAAGCACACCUUGGCUGAAGUGUGGGUACAGAAGACAUCAGAGAUGGACACUUGUCAGCAGUAUCACUGCCGCACAUUUUUGGGCCACUUGCUAAACAUUGGAGACCUAGUGAUGGGGUUUGACUUUGCCAAUUCCAAUGUCAAUGAUGAGUUCCUGAAUAAGAUGAACCCUCAUUAUGUACCUGAUGUGGUGCUGAUCAAGAAGAGCUAUGACCGCAGCCGCAGAGUGAGACGCAGGAACUGGAAACUGCAGGAGAUGGCCAAAGACAGGGAAGGAAUGGAUACAGAUGAUGAGAGACAAUACCAGGACUUCCUGGAGGACCUGGAGGAAGAUGAGGCCCUGAGGAAGAACGUUAACAUCUUCAGAGAUGCCUCCAAGAUGCCGGUGGAGAGCGACACCGAUGAUGACGGUGCACCAUUUAUUACCCUGGCUGAAAUGCUGGAGGACCUCCACCUCUCGGACGCCACGGGAGGCGAGGGGGCUGACAUGAUAGAGUAA